AGACGAAUAUCGAAGUACAAAGGAGUAUCGUCUCGCGGAUCGAUCCCGUCGCGAGAGGCAUAGUUUUAGUUUUACUUAAACGUCAACGUUCGUGUUUAUAGUAUUGUAAUUCCCCGUAAAUUAAAUAACGGGACUCGUGCUCGAGAACUAUGUCGACGGAAACAGAUAAGAAUUCUCUGGUGGACCAGGAACAAAAGAAUAAGUUGAGAGUUUACUGUACAUAUUGCCCGUCGAAAAUGUUGAACGCGGGUGCAGCCCGGCUAGUAAACAUAGAGUUCAACCUACCAUACGUGCACCGGAUGGGAGAAGGUGAAGCUAACCAGCAAGAACUGCUAACCGACUACUGGCUGGUGGAAUGUGUAUAUACGUUUGAGAAUAUCGGAGUUUCCCAUGUGAUAGACAACGUCAAGUACUUGGCUUGCGCAGACUGCGAAAGGGGUCCAGUGGGCUGGCACGACCUGGCCACGAAAAAGUCGUACAUCGCGUUGAGUAGAGUUAAACACGAAUAAUUUGUAAAUAAAGGUCUUUAAUAAUUUACACGAUUCGAUUUCUUAUCUAGGAGAUAUAACCCAAGGCAAACAGGUCGACGAAGAAUCCGACAUAGAAAGCUUGAAGAUAGAAUAUAUAUGCGUGUUACUUGUUUAAGUUGAUAGUUUAAUAUUUAAUCACGUACGUUACAAACACAGCCGGAUAAAUCAGAUAAUCAAUCGUCGUUACGAUGUAAUAAUAAUCAGUAAGAUUACGCUUACGAUUAGAAAUCAUUUA